UCUUCUGUGCACCAAUGGGGCUCCUGCUCUGGCUAGAGCAGGCCCGCCUCCAACUCUCCAGGACCAGUCAGAAGACCAACACGACGAGACUCCACCUACAUUAUUCUGUGUAUACAUUCUGCUGCAAAACUCUGUCUAAGCAGCCUAAUUAGCUGACUCCUCAUAGAGCCAUAUGCUUAGGUCCGUGCACGCUUAACUGCAGGACAAGAUAUCUCUGACUUUAAAUAAACUGCCUUUUUGCUACACCUGAUUCCACUCUGUCCAGCGUCGUUGUUUUUUGCACUCCCUCUCCAGUAUGUGAACACCAACAAUGCUAUCUAGGUAACGUUCAUGUUAGCCUGCUGCUAACAAUGGCUAACUCGAACUGUGUGGUUUUUCACACUCAAAUAGCCUCCAUCAUGGAGGUGCUAGCGAAUGCAGCCGUGGCGGAGAUCUGUAAAGUCAUAGACGACGAUUAUGAAGUGUUUCGUUUGGAAAUAACUCAAAGCCAGAAAGAAAACAGGGCAUUGAAGAGGAAACUACAGCUACUGGAAAUGAAGGUGUCACGGGAACGCGUCCUCGCCAGCCCCAGAAGUGUCAAGAUACUCGACCGAUACAGAGUAACAGCAAAAGAUGAAAGACAUCUCACUGGAGGCCACAGGAGCUUUGUGAAGCCAGCGGGACACAAUACAUGGAGAGAUGACCAACCAAUCACUGUUGAUGAGGGGAGUGGAACCUCAACCGAGCACAUUAUUGUGAUAGAGGCUGCAGAUAUAGAGGCUGCAGGUCCUGGGGUCAAGCAGGAGAGGUCUGUAGGAGAGGAGGACCUCCAGACUGCAGCACCGCCUGAAGCCACGGAGGACCUCACUGCCGCCGCACCGCAGCCCAGGACCCGACGCAGCAUCACGGAGUCAGUAGACAUGGAGGAUGGGAAGCCUGAUCUGCUGUUGGUCAAAGAGGAGACAAUAGAAGAUGUACCAGAGAGCAUUGACCUGCUGAGUGGACUAAAGAUGGGGGUGCAAGGUGAUUGGCUGGAGGCUAACAGAGGAGACUGGGGAGCCGUCUUGGAUUCCCAGACCCAGACUGGUGCAGCCAAGGGCCCAGGGGAUGACAUCACUGAGCAGGACAGGACCAGAGGCGACAUAGUGGAGUCUGCAGUCCAUGAAGACCUGCUGAUAUCCAGUGUUACUGGUGGGAGAGACUGGUCCUCCAAAGCGGCUGGUCACAAACCCUGGCCCCGGAUGAGAACCAUGGAUCAGGAGCCGUCACUAUUCCUUCCUGAAUCGGAACCAGGACCCAACUGCAAGAGACAGAGACUCCACCACCACGCAGAGCACAACCAGUGGACAGAUGGACUGAACAACCUCAGUCCUGCUGGUCAUCAGAAAGACAGAGGCUCCAGUCAGGGAUUCAGUCUGCAGCCCAGACCCUUCUCUUCACAGUCUCAGUGCAGGGAUGAAGCAGGACCUGGGGCUGAUAGAGAUAGACCCUCCUAUUCCUAUGAUACAAACACCACAGUAUCCACGAUGAACAGAGAUGGUCACCCUGGACUUCAGCCUUCACAGAGAGUGGUGGGAGACCCCACGGGUGGUAGUCUAUCAGCAAGUCUGUCUUCUCCUUCAGGAUCUCAUUUAAUGUCUGGUGACUGGGUUCAUAGAAAGCCUGGGUCGAGCUUUCCUCAGUUACCUCAAGGUUACCCCACCAAUGCAGACAGGUUCAGGAUGGGCGUUUACCACAAGAAGCACCUAGCCUAUAACACAGCACACAAUCCCAGCAACACCCAAACAAUGACUAGAGGUCAAGGAGGGAGCUCAAAGACUAACCACCUGACGGCGGUGGCGCCUGCUUCUACCUCCUCUGUCAUUGGGUCACAAUGUGGAAGGCCGGGCAUUAGGACGGAUGCCGACAAGCCGUACGCCUGCCCCACGUGUGGGAAGCGCUUUGCUAAGACUAAAUAUAUGAAACAGCAUCAGAACAUUCACACCAAGGAGAGGCCUUUCAAGUGCAAACUAUGUUACAAGAGCUUCUCUUUCCUGAGUUACCUCAUCAGACAUAGCUGUGCCCACAAUGGGGAGAAAUUGUAGCUAUUCUUUAGCUGAAAUAUUCUAUUUAUCAUGUGAAGUGUACUGGGGGUAAGCCUUUUGGGGAUUACUAGGUCCCUUAGUUGAGCAUCUGGGUACACUCACAUGAUACAGACUUGUUGUUUUGGUGUGCUAGCCGAAACACUGACAUUGAAGUGUAUCACUAUUUCACCUCUGAACUUGGUUUUGCCUAUGUUCUAUUCAUAACAAUAUGUCUUAUAACCCCUUUUUAAAACACAUUAUUUGGCAUAGUCAGGUGGGAUCUGUUCAUUUAUGUACAACAGAAAAAUAGGUGAUCAAAUAUUUUAAUAAAUGAGAUAUCAUGUCCUUUUGAUUAAAAAAAGCAAAUAAAAUUAACUUAUCAUUAAGA